CUCCAAAAUCAGAAAAUGACUUCUUCAAUACUAACCUCAAGCCUAAAGCUUUUAGCUAUGACGAAUUCUUCCUCUUCGACCCUUUUCUGUAUUCCUUCCAUCUUCAACAUCUCUUCCUCCAAAUCUCACCGUUCCAAUUUUUCCCUCCCUUCACGAACCAUUAAUCUCCCACUCUCUCUCAAAUCCAAAACUCUCCGUAACUCAUCUCCUAUUGUUACCUUCGUUUCCCAAACUUCUGAUUGGCCUGAGGAAGAAGAAGGUGAGGAUGGAAGCAUCGGAGGUACUUCCGUCACUGUAGAUGAGAGUUUCGAGUCUGAAGACGGUGGUGACUUCCCAGAGCCACCUGAAGAGGCUAAAUUGUUCGUCGGAAACUUGCCGUACGAUGUUGAUAGUGAAGCUUUGGCUAUGCUCUUUGAGCAAGCUGGUACUGUUGAGAUUUCAGAGGUUAUAUACAAUAGGGACACUGAUCAAAGUCGUGGAUUUGGGUUUGUAACAAUGAGUACAGUUGAAGAAGCAAAGAAAGCUGUUGAGAAGUUCAAUCGUUAUGAAGUGAAUGGGAGGCUUCUGACAGUGAACAUAGCAGCACCUAGAGGAUCAAGACCGGAAAGACAACCUCGUGUAUAUGAUGCUGCGUUUAGGAUCUAUGUUGGGAAUCUGCCAUGGGAUGUGGAUAAUGAUCGUUUACAACAAGUGUUUAGCGAGCAUGGGAAAGUAGUUGAUGCUAGAGUGGUUUACGAUAGAGAGACAGGUCGUUCACGCGGGUUUGGGUUUGUUACAAUGUCGAAUGAGAAUGAAGUUAACGACGCUAUUGCUGCUCUUGAUGGACAGAAUUUGGAAGGCCGAGCAAUUAAAGUGAACGUGGCUCAGGAACGAACAAGGCGUGGAUUUUGAUAGCUCAAUGAGUGUUAAUAUUGUGAUUUGUGAUUCUAAAUGUUCUCCCUUACAGUUCCAGUGUAGC